AUGAUGGAUUGCAGUGGUAUUGAAGGCAUGGAAUCUGUGGUGGCAACUGUUAGUGGCUACCAUGGCUUUGAGAGAUUUAACCUAAUUAAGCUCAUCUCUCAAUCCGGUGCGAGUUAUGUUGGUGCAAUGUCAAAAUCCACUACACAUUUGGUAUGUUGGAAAUUUGAAGGAAGGAAAUAUGAGCUAGCCAAGAAGUUCGAUACGAUUGUUGUUAAUCAUCGGUGGGUGGAAGAAUGUGUAAAGCAAGGAAAGCGUGUGCCAGAGUAUCCUUAUAUGUUGGAAAGCGGACAAGAAACGGGGCCCCUAGUCUUGGAAGUCCUAAAUGUUGAUAAAUUUGGGUCCUUGAAUAAGAACUGCAAACCAUUGUCUGACAAAUCCAACAUCUUUGAAGACUCUGAAAGACAAAUAAUUGAUGUUGAUUGUGAAGAUUCUGGCGUUGCUGCAUGGACUGAUUCCUUUUUGUUGGAUGAUAGUUUGGUUCUUGAUGUCGGGAAAAGCAACAAUAAUUUAUAUAAAUCAAAGCUCAAAAAGGCAAAAAAAUCUUCAAAGCACAAAAACUGUUCAAGUAGCAGAUACUGUUUUCAGGACCCUCCUUUUUCUGGGCUAGUUGGAUUGGAGCAUGGAGGUUCAAGUUCUAAUUCUUCAAGAUAUGAAGAGUCAGAUAUUGAGUCUAAUAUGCAUUCCGUUAGGGGAAGAAGGAAUACUUUUUGCGAUACCGGAAGCACUUUGGCUGAACCUUCUCGUAAAGGUCGAAGGCUUGUGAAGAAAAAUGUUGCCAGAGACAAUUUGGAAACUGUGCUUUUUGAUUCUGACCAAGAGAGGCAUACAGUUAGACUUUAUGAGAACAAUAACAAUAAAUCAACAUCUAAACGUACAGAUGGCAAAAGGAAAAUUAAUAUAUUUGAAGCUAGAGGAACAUCUGAUGUUGCUGUGACUAACAAGGGUUCUACAGUUGAGUCUUUAGACGAUACUGAAGAGGGCACACAUUGGAAUCAUCUAUCUGUUUCUGAGGAUUCAAAUUCAUGUCCUGACGGUGCACUGACUGCAUCAGAAAGAGCAGAUGGCUCUGGCUCAUCUGCUGAGAAUUUAAAUGCAAAGUUUAAAGAUGUGGAUCAUUUUGAAUCGGUUGCCAGAUUACCUACUCCAGCAGAGUUAUCAUGUGUUAUAUGUUGGACCGAAUUUAGUUCAACCAGAGGUGUGUUGCCAUGUGGUCAUCGAUUUUGUUAUUCAUGCAUCCAAGAAUGGGCUGAUCACAUGGCUUCCAGGAGAAGAAUUUCAACCUGUCCUCUGUGCAAGGCUGGUUUUUCAUUCAUAAAGAAGGUGGAGGAUGCAGCCACCUCUGAUCAAAAAAUUUAUUCUCAAACUAUACCGUGUGCCUCAUCAACAGUAGAUGUUUUCGUUAGUAUGCUUCAAGAGCAAAAUAGAUUUGGUGCUGAGCCCUCAUUUGGAUCAGUAUGUUGUGAAUGCCGUAAUCGGGAACCUGAGGAUCUACUCAUUAGUUGUCAUCUUUGCGAGAUUCGAUGUAUUCAUUCCUACUGCCUGGACCCUCCUUUGUCACCAUGGAUAUGCAGUCACUGCAAGGAUCUCCAAAUGCUUUAUCGUCACAACCGUUAA